AUGUCAUUCUUUGGCUUUGAUACCAAGGGCCACAACCAAGCCGCACCUGGCUUCUCUCAGGCGCAUGAUCCUUUCGCCGGACUCUCCGGUCACCACGAAGGUGAUGGAGAUGCAGUCGAUUUUGAAGACACCUAUGAUGGCCUCGGCGACCAGCUUGACGAAACCGGCGAUGACUUCAACGAUGAUACCUUCGGAGGCGACGCCGGCGCAGGUGGUGGGCCCGUUGGCAAGGAUUUCGACUUCUUUGGCCGGACUGCCCAGGUAGCCAACGCCAUCGAGGAGGAACACAUGCUCUACACCCGCAACAAUGCGACCGCCGCCGCAGCCCCACCCGCUCCGACAAACAAUCAGUAUGCGUCGUCUUACAACUAUGCUCAGCCUGCCUACAGGCCUGUGCGCACGGGAUACGAGAAAUAUGAUGGGCCGGACUCUAGCAUGGAUCUCCAGGUCGACCCGACCCUCUGGGGUGUCGCUCCCGCCGAGCAGCAGGCUCCUGCAGCGCCCGCUCAUCCCUCCCCAGCCCCCGCGCCAGCCUCGGGCCGUAAGGUCAUGAGCCUGGAGGAGGUGGAGGCUGCAAUGCGGGCCGAAGCUCAGGCGAGAAAGCAAGCUCAAGUUGGUGCGGGCGCAGCUCAAGGCAACUUCCAGCAGGCCGCUUCACAGCCGCAGCAACAUGCGCCGCAAGUCCACGGGGGCUUUGAUCAAGCCAACUUUUACGGUGGAUCCAACCAUGGUGGACAACCGCAUAUUCCAACCGAAACUCAGCGUCCCAACGAUACGGCGCAGUUUCACGCGCAUGGUCAGCCCGUGCAGAUCCUCCAGCGACCUCGCUCAAAGCCUCAGCAACCGCAGCCUACCGUGCCACCCUCUUCGAGUCCCAUGGUCCAGCAGCGUCAGCAAGUACCCCAGCCCACACAGAUCCUGCAAAAUCCAAACCGCCUGUCUGGUGACGCCGCUCGGGUUGGAGUGCCAUCGUACCCGUCUCAUCCUACCCACCAGUCACAAGGCUCCAUUGGUCGCCAGCCACCGAUAAUCACCCACCCCUCGCAACUGGCCCAGCUUUCGGAAGACGAGAAGGCCGCUUAUCUCGAGCGGGAGGCGCGCCGAGCCAAGCGCAACCACAAGAUCUACCUCUUGUCCCGCGAUAACGGCAUCAUGACCCCGCACGACAAGAACUUUAUCACCCGUAUACAGCUGCAACAGCUCGUUGCAGCUACAGGCAACCCGUCCGACAAUGGUACCGAUGAGGCCCUCGCCGAAGAUUUCUACUACCAGGUUCACAACCAGAUUCGGGGUGGCCAGCGACAGAACCCCAGCCAGCCUCUGAGCAACUUCGCGCAGACGUAUCUAUACCAGACGGGCAACCGUCAAGGAGGUCACAGGCGUCACCGCGGUGGACCGGAAAAUCAUAUGCAGCGCAUGGAACAGCAGGUUCAGCGGGCUGUAGAGGCGGCCAAGAACAAGCCCAAGAACUCACAGCUUGUCAUCGAGGGCAGUCUAGGCAAGAUUUCUUUCAGCAAUGCCAAGACACCGAAGCCAUUGCUCAACAUCAAGCGCACAGAGAGUGGCGGUGAUGUGCAUCGUCAGGGCACACCACACAAGACUCACCCUGGUUCAAUUCUUAACAGGAAAAACCUGCUCGCAGACAUUGAGAAGGUCUACAACACUUUGAUGAAGCUGGAGGACCACGGGCGCAAGAUGCCGCCUCCGGCAGCGAGCGAGAACGAUUCAGAGCUCGUCCAGCAGUUCGCCGAAUGGGAGCAGACCACGAAGCAGCUCAAUCAGCAGCUUUGGCGAGAGCUCAAGAUCCAUGAACCCAUGCCCGCAGGAGCAUUCGUCCACCCUUUCAUCGCAAUGCUCGAAACUGCCAAGGGCAAGAAAGCCAUCCCACGAGUUUUUCGCCACGUGAACUUCGAACAGCGCACGACUAUCCUUACAUUGAUCGUUGUGAAUCUCGACAAGCUCGACGUUGUCCGAAGAGGCUCGGUUACCGACGGUCACAUCAACCUCGACGCUAAGUUGCGUGAGGACAUCGAGCUCUUCAGCAUGGCAGUACAUAACACGCUCUUCAUGUUCAUGGGCGAGCUCGAGUUGAACAUCAUCACCGGCAUUCUAGGCCUGCUUUGUUCCGAGGUUAAUGUGGAUCUCGUUGCCAGAACCCGGGUUGGUGCUGGUUUUAUGACUAUGAUUCUAAGCCGUGCCGAGAUUAUGAUCCAGCAACAAGGAGGCAGAGACGGCAUCCGCGCUCAAGACGGCGGCGCAUGGGAGCGCAACUACGCGAACCUAUUCAACAUUUUGGAGCCCACUCUGCCAUACAUGUUCCCGGGCACACCGGUGUCUGGCGAGGACGCCUAUGUCUGGCAGCUUCUCGCAGCCCUUGGCAUCGGCGCCAAUGCUGAUCAGCAGCAGCGGCUGGUUGUAGGAGUCAAGGACCGCGUGCUCGGGACCGUCGAGGUGGCCAAGACCCUGCCUCAAGAUCUGGCAGUGCAGCGCCUGAACAAUGUGAACUUGUUCAUGCAAGCCAUCGGCCUCGAUGUGUCAUUGCUGGGUUAA